CUUUAAGACUUUCUGUAGUUAAGUAGGAAGAUUAACACAUGAAUUCAGCAGAAUUUUUUUCAUCCGGAUGCUGAAAAUUAUGACCCCUGCACAACACCACACCACACGACACCACACGAUGAAUCCGGGUGCGUCUGGGACCGAAACGAUGGAGGCCACCGGUCGCGGAAGCAGACACGGCGCCUGCGCUCGAACGGCGAGGGAAGGGCGAUCGACCGGCAUCCCCCUCCGCUCGGCCUUCCGCACAGAAAGACCACGGAAGCAAACGUCGGUUUCGGCCCGGUGGUGGCUCGCGGUGGCGGCGGCGCUGGCGGUCCUCGCCACC